CAGACAUUUUUCAGGCCUAUUCCUGUGUCUGUUCCAUAACAAUAGAAAACGAAACAAAGUCAGUGGUACUUUCAUCCCUACUGCUGUUAUUCUAAUAUAGAAAAGCAAGAGAAGAGUACACGUAGUAGAUGAAUUGGAUGGACCCUUGUCAGGUCACCUCGUCUACCGUGUGGCUAAAGGUCAUCACUCCGAUUGGAAAAGGCCGAGUUUAAGGUUUGCCCGCGUAUCGACAAAAUACUGACUAAGUGGAAUACAGUUUUAUUAUUUUAAAAGGAGACGGACCUUCUCGUAAAUUCGGCGUACAUGUCAACCUGAAUUUACAUGAUGCUCCAAAAAAACUAGUCAUUACCUCCACCUCUGCCCGGUGCCCGGGAGCAUCCAGCCAUAUCUAAGAGAACCGCCGCACAAUUCAGGGACGCCGUUGAGUCGCUUUGGCUUCGUGCGUGCUUCGGGGCAUGGACCCUUAACCUCCUCGUCCGCCACGACACGCUGCUGCACCACCGCUCUCCGCUCGUUGUGUGACGACACCGUCAGGUGAAGGCGCUGCCGCACAAACCCCUGCGACACGCGAGCCCCCAACGCACCGGCAACGAUGUUCUCGGCGCUCAAGAAGCUGGUGGGGUCGGAGCCGGGGCAGCUCAGGGACAAGAACAUUCCGGCUGGCCUGCAGUCCAUGAACCAAAGUUUGCAGAGACGCUUCGCCAAAGGAGUCCAGUAUAACAUGAAAAUAGUCAUCCGGGGGGACAGAAACACCGGCAAAAGUACUUUAUGGCAUCGACUGCAGGGCAAGAAGUUCGUGGAGGAGUACCUGCCCACUCAGGAGAUCCAGGCCACGAGUAUCCACUGGAAUUACAAAAUGGCGCCAUAUCAAGCUACCGAUGAUGUGGUCAAGGUAGAGGUGUGGGACGUGGUGGACAAAGGCCAAAAAUAUCCUCUUCCAGAAGGUGUAGGCAAAGGCAAAAGGCGCGGAGAGAAUUUGAAACUGGAGAAUGAGCCUCAAGAGUCGGACGAGGUGGCCCUGGAUGCAGAGUUCUUGGAUGUGUACAAGAACUGUAAUGGAAUCAUCAUGAUGUUCGACAUCACCAAGCAGUGGACUUUUAACUACAUCCUGAGGGAGCUGCCCAAAGUGCCCACCCACGUGCCCGUGUGCGUGCUGGGCAACCACCGGGACAUGGGCGAGCACCGCGUCAUCCUCCCCGACGACAUCAGGGACCUGAUCGCAGGACUGAACAGACCGAUGGGAGCGUCUUACAUCCACUACGCCGAGUCCUCAAUGAAGAACGGCUUCGGUCUAAAAUAUCUGCACAGGUUUUUUAACAUCCCCUUCCUGCAGCUACAGAGAGAGACCCUUCUGAGGCAGCUGGAGACAAAUCAGCUGGACAUGGACGCCACCCUGGAGGAGCUGUGUGUCCAGCAGGAGACUGAAGAUCAGAACUAUGAGAUUUUCCUGGAGAACCUGGAGUCUCGCAGUAAGGGCUUCGGCUCUCCCGGUCCGGCUAACGGUCAGAGUCCUGACUCGGGCUCCCAGUCGCCCAUCGUCCCCCCCAGCGGGGCCUCCACGGGCAGCUCCAGCCCCGGCACCCCUCAGCCGCCGGCCCCCUCCCAGGCGCUCCCGCAGUCGCCCACCGUGUCCGCCCCCGCCUUCUCCCCUCCGCCUCCGCCCCCGGGGACGACCGUCAGCGCGGCGAGCUCCCCCGCCGUCGAGUCGAAGCCGCCGGCCCAGUCGCCCGAACACCUUCAGGCCUCGGGGGGGUCUGCCCCCCAGAAACGGGGCUUCAUGUCCCGCUGGUUUGGUGCACCUCCUGCUGCUGAGGCUCCUGCUUCUGCGUCAGACGAGCCGCCGGCUCCGAUGGGUCCCGCUAAGGUUCACAGUGUGGACGACUUUGUGCCGGAUGAGAGGCUGGACAGGAGCUUCCUGGAGGACAGCCUGCCCUCCAGGACCAAGGCGGCUCAGCCGGCAGCGGCUGUGGACAGCGACAGUGACGGCGAGGACAGAGGAAACCCCAUGGUGUCCGGUUUCCAGGACGAGCUGGAUAUCGACGACACGGAGCCCUGCCUCCCCCGGCCGAAGACCCUGCCCCCCAGCAAAGACAUCACUCUGACCAGUGACGAGGACGAGGGGGUCCCGACGGCCCCCGCCGUCCCCAAGAGCCAAGAGCUGGACAGCGACUCUGAGCUGAAACCGCCCAUGAUCCUCAGCAAGAAACCGAAGGUGGCGUCCAAAGCUCCGGAGGUCCGAGGCCAAAGCGCCGCCCUCGUCACCCUCACUCUGACUCCGACGGCGGAGCAGCCGCCCCGAGGUCAGGGCAAGAAGAAGGGAAGCCCACAGAGGGCCGAGGACUCGGAUACAGACCCCGAGGCCCCGGUGGCCCAGCAGGUCCUCUCGUACGUCAUGGACGACCCCGACUUUGAGUCCGAGGCGUCGGACACGCCGAAGGUCGUGAAGGACAUAUUUCCAGUCAGAGACGAGCUCCUGUCCGACAUCUCUGACGACGACACGCAGUUGGCCGCGGCGCCGGAGCCCCUGAAGCCCACAGUGAUCUCCUUCAAACACAAGGACGACGCCGACCUGUUCGGCCUCGGCCUCCGGGACCAGGCGCCCGCCGCCAAGGACAGCAGCGAGGAGCAGGAAGACAAGGAAAGCAAACCCUCCUCCAAAGACAAGAAGAAAAAGAAGAAGAAACCCAAAGAGGUAAAGUUCUUGUUGUUACAUUGCACACGGGCAGCGAUGUCACACAAUAACUCGUCCGUCCGUCCGUCCGUUUUCAGGAAGACGAAAAGAACAAGAAGAAACACAAACACAAAAAAAAGGAAAAAGACGAAGCGGCAGCGGGAGACGAGAAAAAGAAGAAGAAGUCCCGCACCAAGAAGACGGAGGUGGACGAGCUGGAGGACUUUCUGGGCGGAGGAGCCGCGACCGUCAAGAGGGAUGACGGGGAUUAUGAAGAACUUUAAAAAGACGAGAAAACACUCCUUGACUUGUCAGAGCAUCAAGCAUCUCCAAGCCGCACGCAAAGGCCACCGACCGCACGCAGACGGUUCCGUCUGUCCCGGCAGAUGUAAACCGUGCGGCACAGAUUUAUUGAGAGAGGGCGAGUCAUCGGGAGCCAGAUGUUGGAGUGUUUUAAAGUGGAAUUUGCCUCGUCUGAAAACUCCUCAGUGGGGAUCAACGAUGAGUCGGAGACAACGUGUGAUGCAACGGAAACAAAUACUGUGUCAUCUGAUCCCAGAAGGACCAGUUUCCACAAAACCGUUUGUGAGCCGGCUUUGUGUGCGUGUGUGUGUGCGUGUGUGUGCGUGUGUGUGCGUGUGUGUGUGUGUGUGUGUGUGUGUGUGUGUGUGCGCGCGCGCAACCCGUCACAAGGCAUUAACCCCCCCUCCCCCCACAGUGGCAAUAUCGAGGUCGCGUCCAUGGGUCGUACGAUAAGCGGAUCACAUGAUCAUCGUGACCUCGUCUGAAUUCAUCCGCUGGUUAAUGCACAGCCGCUACUCGCUAUACGUCAACAAACAAAACUUCCAGCCCCCCCCCACACACACACACACACAUUGUCAUCAUGUUUCCUGCAUCUGCCUUAACGGAGGUUCUGCUCCGAGGGAAAGAACCAUUGUCUAAGUGUUCUUACUGUAAAGUGUCCGCUGGCCUUCUCCGCGUCUCAGAAGCCCCAUUAGCAGAUUGCAGUGAAUCAUCAGUUAACCGUUUGUCUUUUUUGUUUUGUUUCCUUUUCCCCUUUUUGAUUCUGGUCAGACCUCAGAAACUCUGUCCCGCUGAGGCGGAUCGCUGCGAGUAUUUCCCUGCGAGUCGUCCCCGUCGUUGUAUCCUUGUCUUCAUUUAUUGCGUCUGUUUUUUGAGUUUGGGGAAUUAUUUAGCGUGAGUUUCUGCCGAAAACACUGGCAGCUUCUCGCGGAUCACAGCGGUUCAAGUCUUCCACAGACGGCCUGCUGGUUCGCUUCCAGGCGCAGUGUGGUACAGACCGUUAGCAGCCUCCUUAAGCCACCACUUUUCUGUUUUUGUUUUUCAAAACCACUGAAGCAUUGUUGCACCCAAGGGAAAAAUAACUGUAUUUUUAGACAUUUCAUAUGGUCUCCAUCCCCCAUUCAUAAGUGGUUUACAGAGAUAUUGUGUUUGAUAUUCAAAGAUGAAACUAUGCAGCAUUGAUCCUGAAUACUGUGUGCGCUUUCUUUCUUUUGUCUUGUGAUUGAGGAUAAAUGCUGAGAGCGCAGUUUCAAGCAAGCAUGAGACUUAAAUGUACUGCAAGAAAAGAAUGUGUAUAUAUAAGUAUGUAUAGAUACUGUUCAUAUAUCUGAAGAGCUUUGUUCCAAACGAUGUCCCUGAAAUGCUACAAGAGGGUCCAGCGGGGUAGUGAGACCUUCUCCUCACCAAUACUAACGAUGGAGAUGUUUCUACAGGGAUCUUGUUUUUCUAAAUGGAUGAAGGGCAUUGUGGAAUAAAACCCUUCAUUUUCUUUUCACUCCAUGACAUGUUCCAUCUUUACACUGUGUUUGGUUUGUCCAAUAAACGCAAACGUAUUUCUUCA